ACGUGAAAAUGCAAAGCACUGGUGAGUGUGGACGGUUCAGAUGGAGACCUAAACCGGAGGGGAAACACCGGGCUAAUCUGGUUACAUAAGAAGCCAUUGUAUUUACGGAACGUCUCUGCACUAAUCCGCUGAACUAUUCAUGUUUGACUGUCCCGCGGCUGGGUAGCACACACAGGGCACGCACACCCGCACACUUGUGGCUCUGAAGACACACCCGCUGCAUUCGCGUGGGGCGUACAAGAUAAACGCACCACAUACUGAUAUCUUUGAGUUUAAUACAGUUAAACGCCUCUCCGCAGGAGCUGCUAUGCCUCACGUCGCAAACCCGAACUGGCGGCUUGUGCUGUUCUCGCCCGUGACGAUUCCGCUGACGCGCCACUAGCCGCACCACCCAGGAGACGGAGAGGAGAGCUGUGAGGGACGGAACUAACAGGGGACUGACUGAAAACCGGUCUCUCUUUCUUUUCUCUGUCCUUGACGAGCGUGCUGCUGUGCAAGUACCGUGGACGACAUUCAACGAGCGACAGCAAUUUAACCAGUAGCAUCAUCUUCUGCAGAGAUGGAGGUACCAGGAUUGGCGCACAACAUCACUAGUCCAUUAAGUCCCUGCGAGGGGAUGAUCAAGGACCUGAGCUUGGACGCCAUACAGUUAUGCGAGCAAGAUGGUAAGCAGAGGAAGUAAAUCUCAGGAUGGCAUCUCCGAGAUUGAGGAGCUCCCUGUUCCUCAGAACAUCAAGAUCAGCAACAUAACCUGCGACUCCUUCAAGAUCUGCUGGGACAUGGAGCCGCGCAACAAGGAGCGCAUCACACACUACUUUAUUGACCUGAACAAGAAGGAGAACAAAAACUCCAACAAGUUCAAACACAAGGAUGUUCCUACCAAGCUGGUAGCCAAGGCAGUGCCCCUGCCCAUGACGGUUCGGGGCCACUGGUUUCUGAGCCCACGCACAGAGUACACCGUUGCUGUCCAAACCGCAUCAAAACAAACUGACGGGGACUACACCAUCUCCGAGUGGAGCGAGAUCAUCGAGUUCUGCACUGCUGAUUAUUCCACAGUGCAUCUAAACCAGCUGUUGGAAAAAGCAGAGGUCAUCGCCGGCCGGAUGCUGCGUUUCUCUGUCUUCUACAGGAACCAGAACAAAGAGUACUUCGACCACGCCAGGGAGGCACAGGAGAACCGGAUGCUGCAGUCAGUGAAAGACAACAGCGGCAGCCACGGCUCACCCAUCAGCGGCAAGCUAGAGGGCAUUUUCUUCAGCUGCAACACAGAGUUCAACACAGGCAAGCCUCCACAGGACUCCCCUUAUGGCCGCCACCGCUUUGAAGUUCGGGCUGACACGCUCUUCAACCCAGACACCAACCUGUACUUUGGAGACUUCUACUGCAUGUACACAGCUUACCACUAUGUUAUUCUGGUCCUGGCGCCAAAGGGCUCCACAGGAGACGAGUUCUGUAAGCAGAGGCUUCCUGCGCUAGACAUCACCAACAACCGUUUCCUGACCUGCAAGAAGGGUGAAGAGGGUGAUGGCAGUCUGGUGUUUCACCACGCCCAGGAUGUCAUCCUGGAGGUGAUCUACACGGAGCCCGUAGACCUGGCGUUAGGCUCUGUGGCGGAGAUCAGUGGGCACCAGCUGAUGAGCAUGUCUACAGUAAAUGCCAAGAAGGACCCCAGCUGCAAGACCUGCAACAUCAGUGUUGGACGCUAAGAACAGACAGAAUGCAGGAGAGGAGGGAAGGACUAGAGGUCGCUGAGCUCUAAACAAACACAGGAAGUCCACAUGUACUGAAGCAGCAGACACAUGCAUGAAGCAGCAGAUUUAGUAGGCUCCCAGACAUGCACACCCACAUAUCUCUGACACCACUCUUUACUCUGAAGAGACCAUCAUUUCCAAAGAAGAGUGGAGGAAGUUACUUACUCUUGACACCUGCAUUGUUGUCUCCUCAUCUGAAAAGGGUUACCCUAAAUGUUGAAAACAUACAUAAUAAAAACAUACCUAAAGAUAUCCCACAUAAGGGACCAUUAACUGAGACAUCUAAACCUGGGACACCAACACCCAGAGCUAUCCACCCUGCAAGUCAACCCUGGCUUACUGACCAAACCCUUUAACUGUACUAACAAACAUUGGCUGAUUAUGUUCAGUUUCCUGUUAAUUACUUUGAACAUUUGUCCCGUAUUUUGUUAAUGGCCUUUGCCUUGUUAUUAUUGAUAUGCUGAUGACCGAGUAGCCACUGUAUUUCUGGACACAUUUUGCUGUUUCAAUUACUUUGACUUUAGUUUGUCGUAUUUAGAAAGUUUUCUUCUCAUUCCACCGUAGACAAUUUCAGACUUCUUCUGUUUUUACCUCCUUCUAGUGGCACUGACUGGUACUACAAUUUUAUCUGGCUGCAGCAUCGAUAGUCAUCUUUCUUUAUACCAAAGGUGUUAAAAACCAGAUGGAAGCCGCUGUGGAAUCUUAACAGUACUAAUGCAACAGCCUCUAAAAUGUGUGUUCACUCAAGUCUUUGAUGACCAAGUGUGAACUACUUGUUGACCUUUAAAAAAAAAAA